UCAUGCUGCUGCCAGGUCCAGAGUCUCUCAUGGGUCCACUGUACGGCCUCCCAUUGCUGCUGUCUCCAUCGCCACACUCUGCCAUGUGCCACUUUCAGGUCUCCUCACACUGCUGGUGUGUUGAAUUUUUUGACAUAGGGUGCUGGCAGAUUAAGGGCCUCCCAUAGCUGCUGCCAGGCCCCAUAAUCUGCCAUAGGCCCCUACUAUAUACCGCCUCCUCAUGCUGCUGCCAGGUCCAGAGUCUGUCAUGGGUCCCUGUACGGCCUCCCAUUGCUGCUGUCUCCAUCGCCACCACACUCUGCCAUGUGCCACUUUCAGGUUCUUCACACUGCUGGUGUGUUGAAUUUUUUGAC